GCGGGUUGCCACAUCAGGAAGGGUCUGCGCUGGCUACCGGGACUGUAUUAGGAAUCUUGGAAGCACUGCCAACAUGUCUGAUGUUCAAGAAGCCACUAACCAACUUCUGGAUGUGAACCUUCAUGGGAACCAGAGGUCUAUACAAGUGACAGAAAGUGCUCCCAGAAGUGAGUCUGAGCACCUCCAAGUCACUAUUGGAGCCACUGUACCUACCGGUUUUGAGCAAACAGCUGCAGAUGAAGUGAGAGAGAAAUUGGGGUCAUCGUGCAAAAUCAGCAAAGACCGGGGCAAGAUAUAUUUUGGCAUUUCAGUGGAAAGUCUGGCUCAGGUUCAUUGUCUGAGAUCAGUUGAUAACUUAUUUGUGGUUGUUAAGGAGUUUAAAGAUUACCAGUUCAAAGAAACAAAGGAAGAAGUUUUAAAGGAUUUUGAAGAGUUGGCUGGGAAGCUUCCAUGGUCAGAACCUUUGAAAGUAUGGAAUGUUAACACCAGUUUCAAGAAAAAAAAAACAAAGCGCAAAAAGAUAAAUCAGAAUUCAAGUAAAGAGAAGAUUGAUAAUGGACAAGGAGAUAAAGCAGAUGAGAGGGAUGAUAAAAAAGGAUUCACCAACAAAACCUUAGAUUCCCGUAUCUUAGACUAUUACGAAAAUCCAGCCAUUAAAGAAGAGAUAUCAACAUUAGUAGGGGAUGAUUUGGCAUCUUGCAAAGAUGAGACUGAUGAAGGCUCAAAAGAAGAAACUCCUGAGGUGCUGAAGUUUAGAGUCACAUGCAACAGGGCAGGAGAAAAACACUGCUUUUCCUCAAAUGAGGCUGCAAGAGAUUUUGGGGGUGGUGUUCAAGAUUAUUUUAAGUGGAAGGCUGACAUGACCAACUUUGAUGUGGAGGUUCUUUUGAACAUCCAUGAUAAUGAAAUUGUUGUGGGCAUUGCAUUGACAGAAGAGAGUCUCCAUCGAAGAAAUAUCACACAUUUUGGACCUACAACUCUGAGAUCUACUCUUGCCUACGGGAUGCUCAGGCUCUGUGCUCCUCAACCUCCUGAUAUAAUAGUUGAUCCGAUGUGUGGAACAGGGGCAAUACCAAUAGAGGGGGCUACUGAAUGGUCUAACUGUUACCAUAUUGCUGGUGAUAAUAAUCCGUUGGCUGUGAAUAGAGCGGCAAAUAACAUCUCAUCUUUAUUGACCAAGAGCCAAAUUAAAGAAGGCAAAGUGUCCUGGGGCUUGCCCAUAGAUGCUGUUCAGUGGGAUAUCUGCAAUCUGCCAUUGAGAACCGGUUCUGUGGACAUUAUUGUAACAGACAUGCCAUUUGGAAAAAGGAUGGGCUCCAAAAAGAGAAACUGGAACCUUUAUCCAGCUUGCCUACGGGAGAUGAGCCGCGUCUGUAGACCAGGGACAGGCCGAGCUGUGCUACUUACUCAGGACAAGAAAUGCUUUACCAAGGCAUUAUCCGGAAUGGGACAUGUUUGGCGGAAGGUGCAUACCAUUUGGGUGAACAUAGGGGGUCUUCAUGCAGCAGUUUAUCUUCUGAAACGUACACCUCAAGCUUUUGUUCAUCCUGUAGAACAAAAUGGGGAAAGAACUCCUUGGUGAUGCAAAGAAUAGAGAUGGUUUAUGGUAUUUGUGCCUCUUGACACUGGGAAUGUCAGCAUGUAGUAUUUGGUUUGAGAGAAAAAUAGUGUUAAUAAAAUUGCAGAUUAAAUUGGUAAAAAAAAA